UGCUGAACAGCCCGAGCCUAAUACAAAGCCCAAACCCAAACCCAAACCCAACCCAACCCUAUCCCUUCUUCUUCAUCACCAGUUUUUCUUUUCCCCUUUGUUUAUUUUGCAAUGGCUCUCUCUUUUCUCCAUUUCUUCUCCUCAUCCAUCCUGCCUUACCCUAAUUUGGAAGCUAGGCAAGGAAAUUCAUGGAAUUUGAACUUGUCAAUUAAAUCACAAGAAUUAUCACAAAAUAGUGGUAAUGGAAGGAGAAUAUGGAGGCGUAGAAAACUGACUAAGAAAGAUGAGAAGGUCAGAUAUAAGAUGGAUCGAAUUCCUUUCUUGGAAGAGCAAGUAAGGAAAGUAAGGGAAUCUGGUAAACUCUUGUCAAUGGACAUAGAAAGACUGCUAUUGUCAGAGGAAAAUCGAUUCGAUUUCGUAAAUGAGGUAGCAGCGGAAGCGAAAGAGUAUGUCGAUAACAAUCGAGAUGAAUACGGAAGUAAGAAACCUAUCCUUCAUGUGCUUAGUAAUCGUGUAAAUGAUGCUGGGUUCUACCGUCCAGAGGCAUACUUGGAGUCUGAUCCUUUCAAGCCACCAGGUUAUCUAAGAGAGGAUUUGGCUACCAUGGACACGGGCUCCAUACUUUGAGUAUGAAGCCCCUCUUUUUUAAAGCCGUUUGCUUAAUUAGUUUCUUUUCAAUACUUUUCCUCUACUCUGUUACCCUUUAUUGGUUAAGGUUUUAUUUUUAUGCAAUGUUUGUUCAAAUCAGAAUGUUUCAUAAAAAUGGUGUUGUAUUGAGUAUAUAAGAUGUUUGAAUGUGGUCAGACGUGAUCAGAUGGACCACUCACUGAUAUUGAUCAUGAGAAUUACCUUUUUUGAUCGGCAA